AUGCUCGCGGCACUGGCCAUCGCGGUGGGCGUGGUCGAGUGCGUCCAGGGCCUGCGCCGCGCGGGUGCACUGGGCAGCCUCGCCGCGCGCAAGCUGAUGCACACAGCGGCCGUGGCGCUCGCAGCCCUGUGCGCGGGGGACGGCCUUGCUGAUGUGGCGGGGCGGCGGUUUGGGGUCGGCGCCCUGGGGCCGCUGCCGUGGAGCCGCGGGAAGACCUGGGCCGGAAGCUUUGCCUGCCUGGUCGGCAGCUGGGCGGCCAGCCUGGGCAUCAUCAUGUACUUGCGGGCCUUCGGCUUACCCUUAGGGGUGGGGCACCUGUCAGCGGCGCAGCUCUCCUCCGGCUGCGCCCUCUGCGCGGCCGCGGCGGCGCUGGUUGAGUCGCUGCCUGUCAAGGAGGUCGACAACAUUACGGUGCCCCUGACCGCCGCGGUGGCCGCUGGAUGGGCGUUUGGUGCGGGAGGCGCCGGCUGA